GCAUCUACCAGUGGGUGUAACUACAAUUUUGGAGAUUUUGUAAAUGAAAUGUCGAUUCCCGUUGAAAGCACUAGUCUUGAAGGUAGUCAAGGCACUGAGUCUAGCUCUCCUGGCUCUGGGGGUCUUAAGGCUGAGACUGACCUUGAAGUAUUGAAUAAGAAAUUGUAUGAAGCUGCUGGAGAAGGGGACAUUAAUAGUGUUCAGUCAUUAUUAUCACAAGGAGCUGAUGUAAAUUAUCAGGAUCAGGAUAAUUGGCGUAAAUGGACUCCUCUUCAUAUUGCAGCAUCAAGAGGACAUAAUGAAGUUGUAUCAGUUUUAUUGUCUAAUGGUGCUGAUCCAAACAUUAAAGAUGAAGUAAGUUAUACUGACAGUUUAUAG